UAUUUUAAAGGAAUGAAGGAACCAUAUGCCAGUCAACUGCGGAAUGCUGCCCAAGGAGAAUAUUUCAGCCUGAUGGUACCAGAUAACAUCUUCGAAGAAAUCGCAGAUCAGACUAAUUUGUUUGCAGAACAACGAGAAAGAAGUGUAAAGCCUUCGUCACGCUCACAUAAGUGGAAACCAACCACAAAAGAUGAGGUAAAACGAUUCUUUGGCUUAAUAUUAUACAUGGGUCUUGUGAAGUUGCCAAAAAUCAGUCUUUAUUGGAGUACAGACCGUGUUUACAGGCAAACUUUUCCUCCAACUGUCAUGAGCCGAAACAGAUUCGAAAUAUUAUUGCAGAAUUUGCACUUUACAAAUAACGAAACAGCUGAUCCUAAAGAUAGAAUUUGUAAAAUACGACCUCUCAUCGACAAAUUAAACGAGAACUUUGAAAAACACUAUGGGCCUAAGGAAGAUGUCUGUGUCGAUGAAACGCAGGUCCCAUUCAGAGGCCGUAUAAUCUUUAGGCAAUAUAAUAAGAGCAAAAGACACAAGUAUGGAAUGAAACUAUUUAAACUAUGUACAAUACCAGGCUAUACAUGCAAAUUGCAAUUGUAUGCAGGUAAAAAUAAUGAGGUUUUAAAUACCUCUCCCACAAAAGUUGUGAUGUCUUUAUGUGAUCACAUAUUAAGUUUGGGCCAUACAGUUUCAACAGAUAAUUGGUAUACUAGUUUAGAGCUGGCAAACCAACUUCUUGACAAAGAUACUCAUUUGGUCGGAACCCUGAGGAAAAAUAGGAAAGGUUUGCCUAAAGCAGUGGUAGAGGCUAAAUUAAAACCAGGUGAAUCUAUUGCAAUGGAAAAUGAACGUGGCAUAUGUGUACUAAAAUGGAAAGACAAACGGGAUGUGUUGAUGCUAUCGACAAAACAUUCAAAAGGGUUCUCAAAGGUUACUAAAAAGGGCAGGACAAUUCGAAAACCAAGAAUGAUAAUAGCCUACAAUAAAGCAAAAGGAGCCGUCGAUAUGAGUGACCAGAUGACUGCGUAUUCGUCGCCAUUAAGAAAAACAGUAAAAUGGUACAAGAAAUUAGGAAUCGAAGUUAUUUUAAAUACAGCUGUUGUAAAUGGAUGGAUCAUGUACACUGAAAAUAAAAAAGUUAAAGAAAGUAUAGUAGAGUACAGAAGGCAGUUAGUGGAGUAUCUGGUAGAUUCAGGAAUGGAUAGUGAAAAACCCGAAAAUACUCAAAGACCGAAACGACUGAAGCACCAGUUGGAAAAGCGAGAGGGCAAUGUUAGAAACACAAGACGUUUCUGUUCAGUAUGCUACAAAAAAAACACUGCAAUACUCGGUUAUAAAAUUGCCAAAAAUAAAACAAAGAAAGUUGCAACAUACUGCAAAGAAUGUCCAAAUGAACCAUAUUUUUGUUUGGGUUGUUUUAAUAAGUUUCAUCGUUAUGUUUAAGUUUUUUAAUUUGAAAUUUUAAUGUUAUUUUCGAUUGAUAAUUUGAAUAAAAUAAAUAAUUAAUGCGCUGUGAUUUUCAUACUAAAGUUGUAUUAUUUUUCUUUCAACAAAAUUUUCAACCCUUAUGAUUCUUAUACGAAGUUACAUGUAUGUGUAGAACAUUUGAGAUUGAAAUAGUAUUUUUCUAUUAUGUUAUUCUACCAUAUAAGCUAUCCCUAUGCUAACUUUCAUUAAAAUUAAGCCAUUGGAUAAGUGAUAAAAGCACAAACAAGUUGCUUUUCACUUAUCACAAACUGUCAUAUUCAUAAUUUUAGAAGUAUUUUCGAAAUGAAAUUAGGUAGGCAGGAACCACGCCAAACAUGUAUUCUACAGCGCCACUCCGGUCACUUCAGUACAGAAAAUGUAUCAGAAACGCGUCCUCCGGCGCACAAAUUCGUUCC